GAAGCUUCUCUUAUUCAACACGUCAGGGCACAAUUGGGAUCUUGGAUAGGGUUAGAGACAGCAAACAAUGUCAUCGAGCGUUUAAUCGAAGGGUGUGCAGAACAGGAGAAGUGUUUUCUCUUCGAUAUUUACCUCGAGCGGAACAAUUCGUCGGAGCGAACUAUACAUACGUCUUACGAGGAAGAUGGAAUUGCGUGUUAGUACGUUGGGAUUGGCCGUGGCGCCACCCGCCAACCCACUCCGCGAAGACUUUCAGUCGAGCUCGAACCUUCGUCGGGUGUGGAGUGUGUGUUGUAUCGUUGUGUGUCAGUGUUCAGAUUAUUCACUGAAAAUUAAGGACCAUUACAGCGCUUGCAUAAGGCUCCUUGCAUUUUCUAUCAUUAAAUAUUCUAUGAAAUAAGUCCACCAUAAGCUUGUAGGCGGUUCUCGUAGCAUGUCUUGACGAGUAGGAGAGGCUCUUCAACGGGGUUUUCGGCAGACAAGGGUUCUCCAAAAUGGCGGGCGGUCAGCAGCUUCCCGAACAGUACACGGUUCCGCAGCUCGCUAGGGUCUUCCACAGCCUGCCGCACCUCAACGUCUCUCUCCACUCGGUCAAUAACACCUUUAAUCCACAUUCCGAAAUCUAUCUCGAGAGUCUCGGGAUACUUGGAAGUAUCCCUGCAGCCUGGUUAAUCCUGACGUUGCUGGUGCUCCUGGUUUACCUGGUAACGAGAUGCUGCGACCGGAAGCCGCGCCCCAGGAGGUCGAUAACCCUGCUGAAGUGUUCGCUGGCCAUCCUGGCGUUACUUUGCAGCGGAGCUGUUGCCGUCGGCCUCUACGGUAACGACGACGUGCACAACGGUUUGGUGCAAUUGGUGGCCGCCGCAAAGAACGUCGAUGGUAUUCUCAUGGGUGUACGGAAUCAGACCGACACCAUCGAGACGACAUUGAAGAAGAAGGUGCAGCUACAGUUGACUGCCUUGGGGGACGAUUUCGAUGCCCCCGUCAGCAAUAAAACCAUGCUCGGUCUGCUGUUGGCCGCUCUGCAGAGCAUGAAGCAAAACACGAACAUCGCCGUGAACCGCAGCUUCGAAAUUCGAAAACCGUUGAGCGGAAUCAGCUUGGCUGGCGCGAUCGGGAUGGGAGAGAAGAUAGAGCAAUUAAGGUGGCCCGUCACCAUGGCCGUUCUCAGCGCGCUACUCGUCCUCUGUGUGGUGCUGGUCGUCGGAGUUGCGCGACAUUCCAGAUGCGUUCUCAUAACAUUUUCCGUGUUUGGAUUAUUUGCGGUGAUAGUCUCGUGGUUGAUGGCUUCGCUGUAUCUCGCAACUUCAGUGGCCUUAGGUGAUCUCUGCGUGUCCCCAGACGGUUACCUAACCAGAGCGGUACCGGCCACUCUAGCCUCUGAGGUUCUUUCGUAUUACACGCAUUGUGAGAACACGCGCAAUAAUCCAUUCAGCCAGAGAUUAAACGACGGUCAAAUCGCGGCAAACAACAUGAGAGACAACAUGAGUACCGUGACCAGGUUGGCACUGGAACUAUUCAAGGAACAACAAUUGCAGCCGAAAUUGACCAGCCUUUCGAUCGACGUGAACACCGUAAACAAGCUCAUGUCGGGAUUAACGACGUUACUUGAUUGCAAGCCUCUUCACAAACAAUACGUUCAUGCCGCGAAGAGCUUAUGUCAUUUAGGAUUAUACGGACUAACUUUCAUGCUGUUGGCGAGCUUAGCCGCGGGACUGUUCUUCACCGUGCUAGUUUGGGUAGACUCUCACACUUGGAUCUAUAUUCGAAAGCGAAGAGAUUACCAUCAAGUCGAUGAGCAGGACCCGUAUCUACCGCCAUCGGCAGCUUCGCAGGCGAUAGCAGCGCGGACCCUUCGAGGCCAAGGGUCGUACCCGCCUACAGCCCCUUCUGUAUUUUAUCCGAAUGCUCAUGGCACUCAAAAUACCAUUAAGCAGCCUCUCUUGCUAACGCCGCCCCCGCCGUCCUACGCUACUGCGACUGCUCGAGCACGUCAGCUGCACGAGAGCAUGCUAAAAGGUGGGGGUAUUAACGGGAGCGGAGGAGGCGGGGAUCACAAAUCGUCUCAGCAUAAUCAGCAAUCGACAGGUGGACGAGCUGAGCACCGUUCUGGGCUCGGAGAUCAACCUGGCCAGUACGCGACUUUGAGCAAACAAUGCAAGACCCUCGAGUCCAGUGACUUUUACUGAGGGCACGCCCCCGCAGGGCCCGGUAGAGAACCACCUUGGACACCAAGCGUGGCGUCCUUCACCGGUACCCUGUCUCACAACUCUCACGGACCUGCUCAUCUGGCCACGUUCCAAGACUCUCGCAAAACACAGACUCUAGACCCGAAGAAUC